AUGUUGGAAUCGCUUGUCUCAACACUCUUGAAUCGGGUACUGGGAUCUUACGUCUCCAAUCUCAACUACAACCAGCUGCAGAUCGGGAUAUGGUCAGGCGAGGUUGUUUUACGAAAUCUCAAACUCAAACGUGAAGCGCUCGAUAAGCUGGAUCUUCCUGUCGACGUCUUGGAAGGACACCUCGGGGAAUUGACUUUGAAUAUACCAUGGUCCAACUUGAAAGGCAAACCUGUCAUGGUCUAUAUCAAUGAUGUCUAUGUGCUUGCCGUACCAAGGAGCAAGUCUUCGAUGACUGCCGAGGAAAUGGAUGAACGAGAAUAUCAGCAAAAGAUGCGCAAGCUUGCCAACUCUGAACUAUUGAAAUCAGCUCAUCACGACUUGGAAGAUACAGCAAAGAACGAGACAUUUGCCAAUCAACUUAUGACAAAGAUUCUCAACAACCUGCAGUUCAGGAUCACAAAUAUCCAUAUUCGAUACGAAGAUGAUGUGUCAGCACCCGGUCAUCGGUUUGCUGCAGGUGUUACUCUCAGUGAACUUUCAGCGAUUUCAACAGAUGAGAAUUGGAUUCCACAAACCAUAGGCGAUGCCGUCAACACCAUUCAUAAGAUGGCAACAUUGGAAUCAUUGUCAGUAUAUUGGAAUACGGAUACAGAGUCAUUGGCAUCGUUGGAAGAGGAGGAGAGCAACCAAACAUUCAAGCGAUUGAUUGCCACCAAAUCUCAUAUUCCUCAAGAGCAUCAAUAUAUGCUAAAGCCUGUAUCGGGAACUGGAAGAAUCAAGAUGAACAAGAAAUUCGGUGAUGACGUUCCCAAGGUGGAUGCCACAUUGCUAUUUGAUGAGCUGUCCUUUAUCAUCGACAAUGAACAAUAUCGGGAUGCGGUGCUCAUGGUCGACUUGUUCCAUUCUUAUCUCAAACGACAAAAGUACCUUCAUCUUCAUCCCGGGGGAGACGUUACGCCUAAAUCCGCACCUUUGGAGUAUUUCAAGUUUGCCGGCAAGGCUGUUUUAUCAGAGAUCCAUGACAGGAAUUAUCGUUGGACAUGGGAUCAUUUUCGAAAGCGACGUGAUGAUCGACUUUUGUACAUCGACUGCUACAUUGCUGAACAAUUGGAUCGUGCCACGCCCGAGCAAAAGGAGCAAUUGGAUGAAUUGGAGCAUCGCCUUUCUUAUGAAGAUAUACGUUUUUAUCGCAGCAUUGCCAAACCGAAAUUGAAACGUGAAAGAGCUUUACUUGCUGCCGAGGAAAAACGCAAAAAGCAACAGGCUGCAGCAACAAAUCAGGCUGGUGGUGGAGGCUGGUUUAGUUCAUGGUGGAGUGGUACAGCGGCUGCAGCGAAUGAUGGAGACCAAGAAGACAAUAAUUUGGUCAUUACUGAAGAACAAAAACAAGAGUUUUAUGAUGCCAUUGAAUACGAUGAGGAUAAAGCUGCUGCUGCUGCCGCUAUUGAUUUCCCAAAGAAUACAAUGAUGCUAUCAUUGAGGACUACGCUCAACAAGGGUUCAUUCACGAUCAAGCGGGAUCCGCACGCUGAGAAACCAGUUGAAAUUGUUUCGUUGAUCUUUGACACGGUCAUGCUUGGUGCCAUUCGAUACGUCGACUCAUUCAAGUUAUCAGCAGCAUUGGGUGAUUUGCGCUUGUACGAUGGUGUAACGAAGAACACACAAUAUAGGCAGCUUAUUGGUGCGAAGGAAAAGGUGACAGAAGAGGAGGCACAAAAGUUACGGCGACGAUCAAAUGUGGAUCCACAGCUGCUACGUUAUUCAUCAAUCCAAGAUCCAUUUUUCUCGGUGAUGUUUGAAUAUCGGCCUUUGGAUGGUCGCGCUGACAACGCCGUUGCCUUGGUGAUGCGCAAUAUCGACAUUGUAUACAACCCACAUAUCAUUCGAGAAGUGCUUGACUUUUUCAGACCACCCGAGACGAGCGCUGAUAGUAUCAAUGCAUUGAUUGAGGUCGCUGGAGAUACAUUGGAGGAUUUGAAGAAUCAAACAAGGGUCAAUUUGGAAUAUGCGCUUGAGCAGCAUACUACGUUGGAUUUGCGAGUGGAUAUGGAUGCACCCGUUAUUGUUGUUCCUGAAGAUUGUACUGCUGCUGAUUCUCGAGGAAUGGUUAUCGAUGCUGGUCAUAUCAAUGUGGAAAGCGAUCUUGCACCUUCGGAUAUUGUUCAGGAGAUCAAAUCAAAAAAGCCAUCCGAUUACACCAGUGAGGAUUAUGUGAGAUUUCGAUCGCUCAUGUACGACAAGUUCGCUGUGCAUUUGACCCAGACCAAGAUUGUGGUUGGUGAAUCGGUUCAGACAUGUCUUGACCAAGUGAGGAACCCCAAGGAGGAGAACAACUAUCUUCACCUUAUCGAUCGCAUUGAUAUGUCCUUCCAGCUUGAAAUGUGUAUCGUCCAGAAUCUACCCGAUUUAUGCAAUUUCAAGAUCUCAGGUCAUCUUCCUUUGCUAUCCGUCAACUUUUCUGAUACAAAGUACAGGAGCAUUAUGCAAAUUCCACAUUUGAUUGAAGCAACCGGUUUACUCAGCCAUGAUCAAGCCGAUGACGUUUCAAAUGAGCUGAAUGAACCUGAAAAUGUACAAUUCGGAGAUACGCAUGACAACAAAGACAUAUCAAAGCUUAUGCACACACGUCUAUGGAAGCCAUCAGAGGAAUAUGUGGUAGAGAGCGACAGCGAUGAUGAAUCAAGUGAUCAACUUGGAUCCACCACAGCUGCAACAACGACUGUAUCGGUAGCUUCAUCAGGAGACAACAAGAAAUCCAAUGUCAAUAAGCGGAUAUUCGAGCUCAAUUUCCAAAUGGAUAAGGUGUCUGCCAACAUCUUGGAAUCACGAGGAAGUGGAAAGGAAUCUUUGCUCUGUGAUCUCGUUUUACAACAUUUGUCGGUUGAUUAUUGCCUACGACCUUUUGACAUGUCCGUCAACGUUUCAUUAAAGUCACUCUCCGUCGCUGAUAGAAUGAAGCAUGGCAAUGAAUUCAAAUACCUCAUCACAUCCGAUCAAGACGUAUUACAACCUGACAGCAAUCCCACAGCCGAUACCAACGCCGAUGCCAAAGAGCUUGUCAAUGUACAAUACAUUCGUGUGAAUCGAUCAAGCCCCGAGUAUUAUGAAAAGUACAAAGGCAUGGAUCAAACAGCUACUGUGGCCUUAUCCACUCUCAACUUUAUCGUCACUCGAAGCUCGGUGUUGACUUUACACAACUUUGUAUUGAACACCUUUGUCAACGACCAGCAGCAACAAUAUCCAAUGGAUGAAAAGAAGAAAAGCAGCACUUCUCACGAUAGUCCAGAUACGCAACGUUCGCAAUGGCUUCACAAACAACGAGAAUUACAGCAGCAGCAACAACAGCAGCAAAGUAUUCAUGUGACAUUGCUUCUUGACAGUGUUAAUUUGAUUCUCAACAAUGACGGCGUACGACUUGCAACAGCCGAAUUAUCUCAUGGUGAUAUGACAACAGUGAUUGCUAAUGGCACCACCAAAGUAACUGCCAAAUUUGCCAAUUUGACAUUAUCCGAUGAUUUGACGGAGCAUCACCAUGGCGACGGAGCAACGAUAUCUUCCAGUGAGCAGCUUCUCACGAUCCAAGGCGAAGAAUUGAUUGAUUUCCGAUACGAGACAUUCUUGGCCGAACAUAGUGAGACGUAUCCUGGUUAUGAUCAAUCCAUUUUUGUUCGCAUGGGAUCAGCACAAUUUACCUUCCUCGAGGAACCAGUACAUCAGCUUUUAUCGUUCUUGAACAAGUUCGCAGCAAUGAAAUCAGUGUAUGAUCGUGCGCGUCAAGCAGCAUUAGAAUCAGCUCAGCAGCUACAGCAAUCUACGGCAAAGACUCACUUUGACAUUGUGAUUCAAACACCCGUUGUCAUGUUCCCUCAAAUGCAUCAACAUCCAAAUGAUACCGUUGUCGCACAUCUUGGUGAAAUAUGGAUGUCGAAUACAUUUGAAGACGAAGAUGGAGGAUGUUUGAAUGCGAUCAAGGCUGGUAUCCGAUCCAUUAGUUUGACAUCCAAGUAUUAUCACCAAACGCGUGUAUCCGAUCGAUUGGAGCUUCAAACAUUGCCUAUUGUUGACAAGAUUGAUAUUGAUUUUGAUAUCAAGUGCAUUCAUCAGGCACCCAACCAACCAAGACCGGAUAUCGACAUUGUUGGCACUAUCAGUGACAUUCGUAUGCAUUUGACAGAUCGACAAUACACGUUCCUGAUUGAUGCAGCAAACAUGUUUUCGCGUGUAUUUUCUGAAUCACCUGAUGCACAAGUGGAUAUGGUCAUGUCACCACCGCCCCAGACCAAUGAAAAGAUGAUACAAGCGUUGCAAAAAUCGGAUGAGGCUGGACCCAAGACCGAACAUCGAGAUACGGAUCAACCACGCAUACGUAUGGUUCUCUCAUCAAAGACGAUUGGACUAGAUUUAUAUCAACCUGGACAAUCCAGCGCAGUCAUUGAUCUCUCUCGCGUUGCUCUCAACCAAAGUUCUCUUCAAUUGAAUAUGCGAAAGGAUAAUACGAUGCGUAUCGAUCUCAAGGUGACAUCAAUGACAGUGGAUGAUACCAGACCGAAUAUCAAGAGCAAAUUCAAGGAUAUCAUGCCAUCGGCAGAGAAUGGGCAUCACUUCCAAAUGCAAAUGGAUGUAUCAGCACCUGAUCCUAUACGACAUGCUAUUGCCAUGAUCACAUUGACUGAACCCAAAAUUGUGCUCUCGCUCGAUCAUACUUUUAUGCUUUAUCGUUUCUUCAUGACACCCUUUGGUCCUCGAUCCACUGUAAAAUCAUCACCCUCUCGUCCAAAAGAUCAAUCGCAAAAGCAGCAAGAGCAACAACAACAACAGCAACAACAAGGAAUGGACAUCUCCUAUCGCGUCAAUAUCAUCAAGCCUGAAUUCAUCUUGAUUGCCAACCCUGAUAAUGUGGAUUCCGAAGCUGUUGUAUUAUCUGCUGAUGAAUUCAUCUUUUCUCAACAAGCUGUCAUGUCCCUUGCUGUUCGUCAAAUUGGCAUGUUUUUGUGUCGAAUGGACAUGCGUCAAAAUUCAACCUUGCGCUUUAUUCAACCAUUUGAUGUCACCUUGUCCAUGAACAACAACAGCGCUGCAAGAGCAUCGGGCAAUCCAAACACCGAAUUGGCAGUGGAUGUGGAAUCACUCGUUCUCAGACUCUCGUAUCGUGAUGCCAUGCUCGUCACGGAUAUCUUUAACAAGGCCUAUGAACUCUACAGCUCAAGUUUGGAUAAGAAUGAGCCCGCCGAAUCGGCUUCAUCCCCACAACAACACCAAACAGGUCUUGAAAUGGAAUCGUUUGUCAGCUCUGUGGAACAAAGAUUAAUGCAUGAAUCGCUACGAGCCUCAUUCCAAGGAUUACAAAUCGUCUUGAUCGAAGAAGUACAUGAGAUGCCUAUGGUGGAUAUCAAUCUAAGACCCUUCAAUGUGGAUGUAGCCAACUGGUCUCGCUCCCUCUCUGUGGAUGUUGUCUUUUCGACCUACAUGAAUUAUUUCAAUGUCAAGAAUUCCCACUGGGAACCUUUGAUCGAGCCAUGGGACUUCAAGUUGGAACUUUCUCGUCGCAGUACUCGCGCACAGGAUCCAUUGCAUAUUCGUUUGGUGUCGGAUAAUGAUUUGAAUAUCAACAUCACGCAUACCUUCCUCGAGAGUGCAUUGGCAACCUUGAGAUUAUGGGAUAAGCAACGCCAGCUUGCCUACAGCGGUGAGCGUGGAACAGUUGCUCCCUAUCGAUUGCGUAAUUGCACCGGGUAUCGUAUCCAUGUAUGGAACUCUUCUCAAGGCAACCAAUCGGGAGAAACGGUGGUCAAGACAUUGGAUGAUGGUGCUGACAUGCCAUGGUGGUUUGAGGAUUGGCGUCAACGUCGAGAAACCACUCGAGUUAGCAACAACAUGUUAUGCGUGCAAUUGGAUGGUGCAUUAUGGGAGACGAUUCGCAAUAUAUCGGUUGAUACGCAAGGGGAGCACAUGUACAGCCUUCGACCACGCAUCAACAAUAUACAACAUCGAAUUGUGUUUGACGUGAAGCUUGUCAACAAUCUCAAAAUUGUCACUAUCCGAUCUGCCAUGACAAUCGAAAACAACACUCUCCUACCCAUCGAUGUUGGUAUUUUGGAUCCACGUGGACAACACUUUGAAGAUAACAUUGUCAAGAUCGCACCUGGUGAAAGCUAUGCACUGCCUAUUGAAAAAGCAUACCACAAUCGAUUCUGUGUCAGGCCUGAUGCUGGAUUUGGCUAUACUUGGACAAAGGGCGGGUUGCAUUGGAGAGACUUUAUCAGAAACUCGGAGAAGAGGACGUCCAUUAUGUGCCAAGCACAAAACGGUGACAUGCCAAACUUUUUCUUCCAAAUCCAUGCUCGCCUCGAUAAGAAGAAUGCAUUGUAUGGUCAUUAUCCAUUGAUGGCUAUCAGGCUAAGCGCCCCUAUUGAGAUCGAGAAUCUAUUGCCUUACUCAUUCAAUUUCCGGAUCAUUGACAAGACCGCCAAGCAAGAUUUCAGCUCUUUCUUACGCACGGGUGGAACAACGCCCAUCCACGUCAUUGAGAAUGGCCACUUGCUCUUGAUGAAUAUUCACAUGCCGGAUUCGGCCUAUAGCAGCAGCGAAUUUGCCAUCAUCAGCACUCGAGGAACGGAUGAUCUCAAUUUGGAUGACACAUUGCAGCUCGUCAGCUCUGAUAAUACAAAGUUGACCCUUCGUAUCAAUGCUAUGGAUGUGCCUGAUUCCGGGGGUGCUCGCAAGUUUGUCAUUUAUUGUCCUUAUGUGGUGAUGAACAAAUCCGGAUGUCCCAUUGCAAUCAAGACCAAACCUGCUUGGCAGAGCUCUGUGUUCUCGAGUUCUUCAGCGUCAUCCAUUUUCAGAGUCGACAAUAAGCCUGAGCCAUACAUGCUCUCUUACCCCAAGCGUGAUAACGGCAAUCGUUCAUUGAUCCAAGUAGGAGGUUCCGAAUGGAGUGAGCCUAUAAGUUUCGAAGCUGUGGGAAGUUCACAUGGCAUUUCGUUACCAAGGACCAACGGAGGUGAUGAAGUCAACAUUGGCAUUAACAUCCAAGAAGGACAUGGCAAGUACAAGUUGACUAAGCUCGUCACCUUUACACCACGCUUCAUCUUGAUCAACCGCAUGGGAGAUGAUAUUCGUUACAGAGAGCCAGAGACCAGGGCUGAUCACGUGCUCGAAUUCGAUCGGCGUAUCCCGCUUUACCACUUGAGAAGAAAUGCCGAAAAGCAGCUUUCAGUGAAAUUACCAGGCAUCAACAACACUUGGUCGGCUCCCUUUAACAUUCAAGAUAUUGGUACCAUCCACGUUCGUUUGGAUAGCGCUGAUGGCUCUACAGCUGCUUUGAUGCGAGUUACAACCGUACUUGAGGAUGCUACUGUGUUCAUUGUUCUCAACAAGGAAAAUGACGACGCUUGGCCUUACAUGCUGGUGAAUCAAACGGAUGAAGAUAUGACAUUCUAUCAAGAGGAUCCUGUUAUCCUUCGAGAUGAUUACACCGAUCCACGUAUGAGGAAUCACCGAACAAAGCGCUAUCGUCUUCCAGCUCAUACCUCAGUGCCCUAUUCUUGGGAUAAUCCAUCGCUCAAGGACAAAAAGAUUAUACUCAACAUUGCUGGACGUGAACGAAGCAUCAGUAUGCAAGAAAUCGGUAGCCAGCUUCCUUUCCGACAUCAGAACCGUUAUGGACGUCCAUCGAUUACAGCUAUUGAUGUAAAGACCCACCGCACUGCUCAAGUCCUCUAUUUGACCCCUUACAACCAAUCCGAGAGCUAUUAUCGACCCGUAUCAUCCGGCCCAUCAUCUUCUGCCAGCUCAGUCGUAACAAAGGAUGGCUUCGAAACUGUCAGCGUCAAGCAUGUUAUCAACUUUGUCAUGGAGAUUGGAUUUAAGCAAAUUGGUAUCUCGAUGGUCAACAAGCGAUUACAGGAACUUGCAUACAUUACUUUCCGUGGCUUUGAGCUCAAGUUGACAGAUUCCAAUAUGUAUCAAUCAAUAAGAUGGAAUGUACUUUGGGUUCAGAUCGACAACCAACUCCAUGGCACCUUGUUCCCUAUUUUGCUCUAUCCCACAAACAUGACCAAGGAAGGAAAUCAAGAAAUAAUACCCACUUUCCAACUUGGCCUUGACAGAGUUAAGGAUGAUACGCACGGUGUGCUUUAUUUCAAGUAUUUCUCGAUUCUUUUGCAAGAAAUGAGCUUGGAAAUGGAUGAAGGAUUUGUGUUUGCCAUUAUGGACUUUUUCACUUUCAAGAACCAAGAGCCAAAUGAAGCAAGUGAUGAUGAUGAUGGAAAACAAUGGGUAUUCAGCACCGAUGUACCUGAUGUAACACCUUCCACCAACGACACCCAAAUCUAUUUCGAGAUGCUCAACAUCCAACCUAUUGGAUUCGACUUAUCUUUCGUACGAACAAACCAAGCGGAUAAUGAAGAUGAGAACUCUGCGUUGGCAAAACUCGACACUGGUUACAACCCUGUGGUGGAUUAUGCGCUCAAUGUGGUGACGAUGGCACUUGGCAAUAUCAAUGGAGCACCUCUUCGAUUCAAUGCUUUGGCAGUUGAAAAUUUGCGAGCUAGUGCAUCUGAUCUUGCCAAUCGUAUCUCGAUCCAUUACAGUGAUCAGCUUGUCAAUCAAUACCAUAGAAUCCUCGGCUCAGCUGACUUUUUGGGCAAUCCAGUGGGUCUAUUCAACAACAUCAGCUCUGGUGUAGCAGAAUUAUUUUAUGAGCCAUGGCAGGGUAUCAUGAUCAGCGAUCGACCACAUGAAUUGGGCGUUGGCAUUGCAAGGGGUGCUGGCAGUCUUGUAUCUCGCACAGUCUUUGGAUUCACCGAUAGCUUCAGCAAGCUCACAGGAAGUCUUGGAAAGGGAUUAUCAGCCGCUACAUUGGAUCGUCGAUACCAGCAACGACGAUUGAUGAAUAUGAACAUGGCACGUAAUCGACCACGAAAUGCAUUCAGCGGUAUUGUGGAUGGCACCAAUGCUCUUGCAAAUAGCUUCCUCAGUGGUGUCACGGGUCUUAUGGUAAAACCUGCUGAAGGCAUUGCUCAACAAGGUGUGGGUGGAUUCUUUACCGGUGUUGGCAAAGGUCUUGUUGGUGCUGUAACAAAACCAGUGGUAGGCGUGUUUGAUCUUGCCAGCAAUGUGUCAGGAAGUCUUAGGGAUGCUGCCAACCCUGUGGAUCUCAAUGAAAUUGCACGUAUUCGAUAUCCUCGCUUUAUUGGUCAAGAUGGUAUCCUUCGCCCUUACAAUGCACAAGAGGCUCGUGCUCAAGGAUGGCUCAAGGAUGUGGCUGAUGGUGCUUAUCGUAAUGAUGCCUAUUUGGCUUCUUGUCCCGUGCAAAGUGAUCAACGCGUGGCGAUUCUUACAUCCAAUCGACUUAUGCUGAUACGUACUCGUCCUUUGGCUCUCGAGUGGCAGGAACCGUUUACCGAGAUACAAACAAUCAAGGCUGAAAUGACAGGCAUUGCUAUUUACCUGCGUAGCAUGAGCUGGGAACCCUUUUUGGUCAUCACGGAUAAGAAGAAACGGGAAUCCUUCUUUAAAAACAUUGAAGAUGCAGUGGUCAAAUACAAUGCAAACAGACGACCAAGCUUGUAA